GCCCCACAGCGCCGAGGACCCGCCCAAGCCGGAACCCGGCACCUGAGUAGGGAGGCGGCCAGCAGGUGAGGGCUGGAGCGUGGAGACCGCACCCCAGAAGGGGUUCUCGACCAAUUCUCAACUCUCUAUCGCCCUCUCUCUCUCCCCGCAGUUUUAUCGCUGCUGGCACCCCUCUCUCCCCCGGGGUGUCGCUCCCAACCCCGGUGCCCCGGACUGAUCCGUGCUGUUUUGGUGUGCAGGGGCGGCUGGGCACCAUGAGCCAGCUGAAGUCGGCCUUCCGCAGGAGCGUCAGGCGGCUCUCCUGGCAUGCCGGUCACCAGCGGCCCAGGCACGAUGGACUCAGCAAACUCCUCCCCCGGACCAAAUCCCUCAUCCAUGAUCCCAUUCCCUAAAUAGCGAGAUGAAGUCCUGCUGUUAGUGGGCAUAAUUUUAAAAUGAUCAGAGGAAAUUAUGGAGUGGAUGUCAGAGCAGGCAUCGAAAGGACCAUUUCUGAGAAAGAAUCGAAGCCCGAGAAGGAUUUGUCCCGGUGUUCUGGCCAGUUCUUCUUCGAAUACCUGGUGGUUGUUUCGCUAAAGAAAUCUGGCGAUGUGUAUGAGCCACAGAUCGCUUACCAGUUUCCAAAGAGGGAGAACCUGAUCCGUUCUCAGAAGGAGGAAGAAGAAAGUCUCCUCAGAGCAAUCCCGCUGUUCUGCUUUCCCGACGGCAACACGUGGGCCCCCCUCACUGAGUACGAAAGUGAAACCUUUUCCUUCGUCCUUACGAACGUGGAUGGAAGCAGGAAGUUUGGAUACUGCCGACGUCUCCUGCCUCGAGGAGGUGGUGCUCGGCUGCCGGAGGUUUUCUGUAUCAUCAGCUGCCUGGGAUGCUUCGGCCUAUUCUCCAAGAUCCUGGACGAGGUGGAGAAACGAAGGCAGAUCUGCAUGGCUGUCAUUUACCCUUUCAUGCAAGGCUUACGAGAAGCCACUUUCCCUGCCCCUGGGAAGACCGUUCGUGUGAAGAGCUUCAUCCCAGAGUCAGGGACAGAGAUCAUUGAACUGACACGGCCGUCGGAUUCCCGCCUCGAACACGUGGACUUUGCGUCACUUUUCAAAUACUUAUCAGAGAAACACAUCAUUGACAUCUUUGCCUCAAUGCUGCUCGAGAGGAGGGUGAUCUUCCUGGCUGAGGAGCUCAGCACCCUGUCACAGUGCAUCCAUGGACUGGCCGCCCUACUCUACCCCUUCACCUGGCAACACACCUACAUCCCAGUGCUGCCCAAGGUGAUGCUGGACACAGUAUGCUCCCCCACCCCCUUUGUGGUCGGCGUACAGAGGCAGUUCCUGGAGGAGGUUCAGGAGAUGCCCAUUGAAGAGGGUUUAAUGGUUGACCUACAUGCAGGGGCUUUCCUGAAAAAAGUUGGAGAUGAGCAUGAGGUUCUGCCCAACAAGCUCUACAAGGAACUUCUGAACACCUUGCAGAAUGAGAGGCAGAGAUGCCAAUCGAGUGAGGAGUUGAAUGACUUGGUGACAAACACCUUUGUGCUUUUUUUUGUUAAAAUCAUUGGCCACUAUUCCGCACACCUCAAGCGAAACAAGGACUGCACCGUCUUCCAAGAGAAAGAUUUCCGGAAAUCCAUCGCGUCCAAGUCCAUACGGAGGUUUCUCAAAGUGUUCAUGGCAACCCAGAUGUUCUCAUUGUUUGUUGAGGACCUUCAGGGCCACCCAUUCUCUGAGGAAGGGUUUUUUGAGCAGAAAAUAAAGGAAUAUAACGAGAACAAAAAAAAGUGAAAUAGAUCAGCUUUCAGACAGAGCAAAUGACCUCUGGGGACCAUCUGAUGUUAGUCUCUGACCUCUGCCUGUGGCUGAAAGAUGGGCUCCCGCAACACCAAAAGAAUAAUGUCUUGCUGUUCAUACAAAGAGGCAGAGCCUCACUCAGUGACUUGUAAAUGCUACUGCUUGUAUUUAACUGGGAAUAUUUUCAGGAAGAACUGUGUGGAAAAGAGGAUGCGACCGGGGAAAAACUUUAAACAUCAUGGUUGUUCACUGAACUUCUUGUGGAGCUGGUCUGUGCAAACACUGUAUCAAUGCCAGAUUGUCCCUGCUUGUUGCUGGCAACAGUCCUGUCACCUCUGGGCUUGGUGUUCUGGAGUGGGUACCAACACUUGGGCAACCCACUACCUGUUAAGUCACCACACUGCCUGGUGUCUGAUUGGGAGUGGAGCAGUGUAUACUUGAUAUCUUGGUUUUUGUAGCGUUAUGCAGCUUCAGCUCAUACUAACCAGGCUGACCCAUCUACACUAAUCGCUCAUUCUUGCUCCCCUCUCACCCUUUUUCUUCUCCUCACCUGCCAAUCACCUCCCCCUAAUUCCAUCCUCCAUUCCUGUCUCCCAUGGUCCACCUGUCAGAUUCCUUCUUCUUCCUCCCUUUACCUCUUCCACCUAUCACCUUCCAGCUUCUGACUUCAUCCACCCUCCCUCACCCUCCCACCUUCCCCAUCACCCGGUCUCACAUAUCACCUGCCAGCUUGUACUCCUUCCUCUCCCCCAACUUCAUAUUCUGGCUUCUGUCCCCUUCCUUUCCAGUCCUGAUGCAGGGUCACUCUGAAAGGUUGACUCUUUAUUCCCCUGCAUAGAUGCUGCCUGACGUGCCAAGUUCCUCCAGCAUCAUGUGUGGGUUGCUCUGGAUUUCCAGCAUCUGCAGAAUCUCUUGUGUUUUUUGUUUUUAACCUCUGUCAUUUCUAUGGCCCCUGUAACAUCUAUCAUCACCUGUUUUGCUGCAAGGAAAGACCAUAACCAUAGCACAUAGUAGCAGAAUUAGGCAGCUCAUUUCAUCAUGGCUGAUUUAUUUCCCCCUCAACCCAUUCUCCUUCUGGUCCUAGUAUCCCCCACUACAUGAAACAUCUUUUUCACAUCCACCCUAUCUAGACAGAAAGCACAGCAUUAGAAAAGAAGGAACAGAGGUGAGGAGGAAUUUCUUUAGCCAGAGGGUAGUGAAUCUAUGGAAUUCAUUGCCACGAACAAUUGUGGUGGCCAAGUCAUUGAGUACAUUUAAAGCGCAGGUUGAUAGGUUCUUAAUUAGUAAGGGUUAUGGAAGAAGGUAAGAGAUUGGGGUUGAGAGAUAACUAAUGAGCCAUGAUGGAAUGACGGGGCAGAUAAUGGGCCAAAUGGCCUGAUUCUGCUCCUUUGUCUUAUGGUCUUUCACCACAUCGAUAGUAGGUGAAAUACGAGGGGUGAUUGAUAAGUUUGUGGCCUAAGGUAGAAGGAGUCAAUUUUAGAAAACCUAGCACAUUUAUUUUUCAACAUAGUCCCCUCCUACAUUUACACACUUAGUCCAGCGGUCGUGGAGCAUACGGAUCUCUUCUUUGUAGAAGUCCAGAAAGUGGUCUACAGCAGGGGUGAUUCAUAAGUUCAUGGCCUAAGGUAGAAGGAGAUGAGUUACUAACUUCAAACUUUCUCAAAAAGUUGAACUGCACAUGCAUGUAACGAGAUCUGUAUAACUCAUCUCUUCGUACUUGUGGGAGAGUUGCCACUUUUUUGUCAGAAUGGUGAUAUGUCCUGGGGUGGGUAAGGGGUGCCGUAUCAGUCCAAAUCUCUCCUGAGUCACCUUCUGCAAGUGAGAAUUGGAAGGCCAAAAUCAGAAUCAGAAUCAGGUUUAAUAUCACUGGCAUGUGGUGAAAUUUGUUGUUCUACAGCAGCAGUACAUGACAAUUAGAUGAUAAAUGUUAAUAGGUACAGUAUAUAUCUUGUGGCAACCUUGCCAUUUCUUUAGCAUUUCUGUCUAUUUCUCACGAGCCCGAGUUGCGAGCUCGGUGCUCAACCCAGCACAGAUGGAACGCGUGCAAGGAGCUGGCUGGACUCGAGCCCGGGACCACUCGCCUUUUAAGUCCGAUGCAGAUGCCACUACACCAUCGGUCGAAUAAAUUAAAUAAGUAGGACCUUUUUGAGGCAUCGCUUUUUAAAAGUGUCCUGGUGGAAGUGGCUGAGUUUACAACUUUCUGCAGCUUUCUCUGAUCCCCACCAUAACAGACAGUGAUACAACCAUGCUCUCCACGGUACGUCUGUAGAAACUUGUGAGUGCCUUUGGUGACAUACCAAUCCUUUUGACACUCGUAAUGAAAUGUAGCUAGCUGCAACACAGAGCCAGAAGCCUGGCCUAGGAUAAUGGUGACCCUGGGGCUUUGCACCUGUUGAGGCCUUUCGGUGACAGAUCAUCAAUUCCGACAGUGCUGAAAUUUUUCUAUAUAUACACCGUGUGGCAACUUUAUUGAAUACCUCCUUACCAGUUCCCUCUGAGUGUAUGUUCGUGGUCUUCUGCUGCUGCAGCCCAUCGAUUUUAUGGUUUAACGUUGUGUGUUCAGAAUUGCUUUUCUGCACGCCGCUGUUGUAACAUGUGGUUACUUGAGUUACUGUCACAUUCCUGUCAAUUUGAACCAAUCUGGCCAUUCUCCUCUGAACUCUCUCAUCAGCAAAGUGUUUUCUCCCACAAAACUGCCAGAAAAUCCCAAGAGAUCAGAUUUUGAGAUACUCAAACCACCCCAUCUGCCACCGGGAAUCAUUCCAUGGUCAAAGUCACUCAGAUGACAUUUCUUCCCUAUUCUGAUGUUUGGUUUGAACAACUGAACCCAUUGUCCAUAUCCACAUGCUUUUGUAAAUUAAGUUGCUGCCGUAUGAUUGGCUGAUUAAGAGUUUUGCAUUAACGAGCAGGUGUAGUGCUGUAUCUAAUGAAGUGGCCACUCGGUGUAUAUAGAGAAAGACUAUUGUACAAUGUACAUUGACUUGUUCUUCAGAUUUUAAUGUGAAAUUUCUAUUAAUUCAUAUUACACUGUUUGUACAUAAUUUGUGAAGAAAUUUUCAGAUGGAGAUUUAAAAUAAAGGCCCAAU